AUGGGGAAGUCGAGCAAGGACAAAAGAGACUUGUAUUAUCGAAAGGCCAAGGAACAAGGCUGGAGAGCGAGAUCUGCGUUCAAGUUACUCCAAUUAAACGAACGGUUUGACUUGUUCAGCGACAUUGAAAGAGUGGUUGAUCUUUGUGCUGCACCCGGUUCAUGGUCUCAAGUAUUAAGUCGAGAGUUAUUUCAAAAGCAAGACAAGAAGAAUGCCAAGAUUGUUUCUGUGGAUUUACAACCUAUGGUGCCCAUUGAAGGCGUUACCACCAUACAAGCAGACAUUACUCAUCCCAAAACAUUGCAAGAGAUUUUGAAUGUAUUUGGAGGUGAACCUGCAGACUUUGUUUGUAGCGAUGGAGCACCAGAUGUGACUGGACUUCAUGACUUGGACGAGUACAUUCAAGCACAACUUAUAUUGGCAGCAUUACAGUUGACGACAUGUAUACUAAAGCCUGGAGGAAAGUUUGUUGCCAAGGUGUUUAGAGGUAGAGACAUUGAUUUAUUGUAUGCGCAAUUGAGUUACUUAUUUGAGCAAGUGAUCUGUGCUAAACCCAGAAGCUCUAGAGGUACGAGUUUAGAAGCAUUUAUUGUUUGUUUAGGAUAUAAACCUCGGGCUGGUUGGCAACCCAAACUUGAGUUGAACAAAUCUACAGAAGAGUUCUUUAGAGGGUCAGGAAUAGGGAAGGCCGAGAACAUGCAGUAUUUGGAGUUACCUGAGGAUGAAAGAUUGAUAGCAAAGUUCAUUGCUUGUGGAGACAUAAAUGAUGUUGACUCCGAUGCAACCUACACUUUAGAUACACUGGACAAGAUACAGUCCUUAAACCCCGUUCAGUUGCCGACUGCUCCUCCUUAUAAGCGAGCAUUAGAAUUGAAGCGGUUGGGACAAGCCAAUUCUAAAAGAGUAUAA